UCCGAAAAGUGAGCGAGCUCUCGGGGCUUAGGAGGCACCUCCCCACUCCGCACCCUCCUUCUCCGCCCGGCCCCUCUCUCUGGACUGCGCUGGGGCCUCCACUCCGGGGAAACCAAGGCAGUCAGAAGUCAAAGGUCUUCCCGUCCACCCGCCCUCGUGGGCAGCUGGCAGGCCGAGCCGUGAGGAUGGGCUCGGCCAAGAGCGUCCCUGCCACCCCGGCCCGUCCUGCGCCAUGCAACAAGCAUCUGGCGCACGUCACAGACCCUCGUUCUCCCAGCGCAGGCAUUCUGCGUACCCCCAUCCAGGUGGAGAGCUCGCCACAACUAAGUCCCUCUGCUGUGGAAAAGCAGCAGGAAGUGGAGACCAAGGAUAUGGAGCAAGCUCGAGACUCAGAUCCCCGGUCUCCCACGUUUGGCAUUAUCCGGACACCUGUGAAGAUCGUCACAGUAGACCCUCCAAACAAUCUGGUAAAGCAGCUUAGUGAGGCCUUUGGGGCUGAAGCCUCUAGGCCAGAGCAUUCCACUGAACUGACCCUCCCUGUGAAGUUUUCAUCACAGCCUGAGCAGGACUUGUCUCUGGAUACUCCACUAUCUCUUGAACGCCAGAAACUACCAGCCUCCCUGGGCCAAACUGAAGUUUCCCGAAAACAGGCAAAUACUACAGAAGUAACAGAACAGCCUCCAGCACUUCGAAUGAUGAGCCAGGACCCUGACAAGUUCUUGAGAGGUUCUGAGACUCCUUGUUCCUCAGCUUCUAGGCCCCCUAGAAGGAAACCUGUUGGCAAGGUCCUAGGAAGAUCACCCCUCACCACCCUGCAGGAUGAUAAUUCCCCUGGUCCCCUGAUGCCUCGGCAGAGUAAACGGUCCACAGUGCUGAGUGAGAAUGUGGGAGAACGGAAAGAAGGAGCUAUUCUGGGAACUGGACACCCUCUGAAGAUCACGGGACGGACCUGGGAUCAGGGUCAUAACAAAGAGAACCAGCAUUGUCCCUUGGUUGAGAACUAGAACCUGAUUCUCUCCACUCUUAGACUUGGCUGCUUCAUUUUCUCCCCUCAAUAGCCCAGAGAUGGACCCAUUCAUUUAUCUUUCCUCCCCACAAAACUGAGGUAAUCCUCCCUGAAGAAGAAAGCGUGUCUUGUCAACCAUCAUCUCCCUGCUCCCCUUAUCUCUGAGUUCCAGAUAAUUCCCUCAUCCCCACUUGUACAGUGUGUAUUUGAUGUAUGUAUGAUUUAUAUUAAA